AAGUAUGCCUUCUCUCUCGUUUUAGGAUCGAGGAGAUCGGAGCAACCUCAAAUCUUCUCUGAAAGUCGCUGACUCCUUGUGAACUCAGGCCUGUACCUUACACAGAGGCCUGCGGGCAAGCAAGCUCCUCAGAGUCAGCUGUGGAACUAAAACUGAGUCGCCAGGCCUGAGACGGCACUCCAUGGACUUCGACCAGGAGCCGGUGACCCCCCAGAAGGUGUCCAAGGUGGCUGCAGAUAGCUUCAGAUCGGUUGAGUUUCCUGCAGAUGAAUGCAGCAGCGAUGUUGUCGAGAAUCCAGAGGUCAGGGGACAAGUGGAAGGUCUGGUGGCAAGUUGGUCGGAAUUGGGUCUCAAAGAGGAGGACGAUAAGAUCACAGGGCUAGAGCGAUUGAUGCCUAUCAAAAGCAUCGAUCUCACUGGACCCGUCGACCUGAAGAACUACCGCCAGAUCCUUACCUUUGAUAACUUAGGGCGCCUGAGAACCCCGUCACUUGCAUAUCUGUCGGACUUGGACCGGAACAUUCUGCAGCAGGUUGGAACGAGCACAGGUUUCGGAGACCUGCCGGUUGGGUGCAUAAGGUCUUUCUCUGGCUAUGGCUCAACCUUUGCAGUCUCCCCAUACCUCAAGAGCAUCCCCAUCUUCAACCUCCAGGCACAAGGUGACAAGUACUAUCAGUACCACCUGAGUGCGGCACAUAACACUAGCACCAGCGAUGAGGUGUUGGAGCGCGGCUUCUGGUCCGACAGUAUUUUGUCAGGAUGUGCUCUCACACGGGCCUCAGGAAUGAGGUACAGGAUCGCAGUUCACGGCGAGGAGGAUCGCACCAAGUAUAACCUGCUAAAUACCGAAGUUCGUAGUCCCCCCUCGAGCCCUGACAAGUCUGGAAAUCCCCUCCAAGCCCGUUACUACAAAAAUCCCGCCGAUGGAGAGCUGUUCGAGAAGCACGUCGAUGUACUACUUCUCGUUGUGGAGAUUGACCCCAGCAAAGCCAGGCCGAACAGCCAGAACAGAUUCUUCGUCCCAUCAGGCGAUCCCUCUACAGAAUUGGACGAGCACCUGCCCAUCUUCCUCUCUGGGACACCUGGGGAGGUGGACCUCAAGGAUGUCCCGAUUUGCCUGGGGCACCCAGUGACAGUGGCGGACCGGCCAGUGCUGGCUUACGCCAUCAACAAGCACAUGAUGAAAGCCGACAUCCGGGGCAUCAGCUUCGGCCAUAAGGUCCUCACAAACGGCCGCCAGGACAAGACCAGCGCGUCCAGCUGGCGUGGCAUGAGUGGGGGCGUUGAGGGCAACAUGGCUCACCGGGGGUGCUUCGAGGGCGUUCACAUCCAGGGGAAUCUUGACGUGAAGGAAUUUGUAUACAAUAGAGCCGUAAGCAAGGAUGAGCCUUAUCUGGUCUGCCUGUACGUCGAUUACGUCUUGCCCUCUCUUGCUGGUUGGAAGCAGUGGCCCUACCCUGGUCAAGAGGCGUCCUUGAGAAGGUGGCUGGAGUUCCACCGAGAGCUUCUGCAGCAACAGGGGCUGUGGGCCAAGGUGGAAGCAGCAGGGUUCGCUUAGAUCUGGCGGUGCAUUGAGUUGCUGUACUUAGGGUCCCUGCCUGCACACGCAACAAAAUACUAGUGACGCCAUGGUCCUGAAGGAGUUGGAGUCAUCAUGACUGGGUGCACCUGGAAUCUCACAACACAGAAGGGUAUGUUCGUGGUUCUACAUAGACAGUCAUACUCAGCCAUCAACAACGCACUUCGUUGUAACCAGCCCUGGACCAGUUUAGCGUAGUUGCAAUGACAUGAUUGUUUGGAAUCGACCGAUGUAAGGAUAAGUGCCAUACUUUCGACUGUAAGUAUGGCGAGACUCAGUUUGAAGCAGCCCAGAUCAUGGCCCGUGCAUGCGGCAUGGUUCACAGUUGAUUGAUUUAAUCAGCUUGUAUUCAAAGGACCGAGUUCAUGUGUCGGGCGUAGAGCGGGUUAGAGAGGGUCUAAUUCUCGCAACAGGCUUUCGUGCCCCAAUACUCUAUCGAAUCAAUAGGGUUGCGUUGCUGCUACGUUUUCACAAUGUCUACCCCUCCUAGGUUACCUCAAAGAAUUCUACAGUGUUUUCUACAAGAAUUCUACAGUGCAUGUUU